GUAAACAUGACUGCCGACAUCUGAGUCAAGUACCUUGCUAUUUCGCUGUUCACGUCUUGGUGACAGAAAUUUGCUAGCACUGGAUCAACAAAGACAGUGAGAUUACAAGAAAAUGUCUCGGUGUAGUGAUGGUGGUCGACUUGCUGGCGGAGCGUCCAUUUACGACGAGAAUGGUCUUUUUUGUGAUAGAAAGUUGGUUACCAUGGCAACAUUGAUUGGGAACAGGUAUCCACAGCUGGGUCAUGAGCUUGGCCUUAGUGAUGAUAUACUCAUGCAGAUCAAGAUGGCAACGCCCGACAACCUGCAACAUCAGGUCUACAACAUGUUUGUAGCAUGGAGGUCAAUUGCGGGUCGAGAAGCAAAUAUGGACCAUUUGAACUGUGCUUUAAAGAGACUUGGAUGGACAUCUGUCUACACACAGAUACUGAACACACCAGAUAAUUUCUAUGCACUUGUGUAGUAAGUGCAAUUGCAAUUCAGUCUGUUACGAGGUCAUCAUCAUCAGCCAUUGAUACAACCUGAUUUUAAGUGAUGUGUCUUAUUAUUUAACCCUCUCACCACUCACUUAUUUUUUGUAACCUUCCAUAUUUUAAGACAAUCACAUGCUUACAAAACAUUGAUCAAGAUUUCAGAAUCUAUAAAAAUGAAUGUUGAAGAAAAACAAAAUUUCAAAUAGUCCACUUAAUAUUGAAUCUAACAAAUUAAAUAUCCUUC